UGUCAACACCGCGUAACGUAUUUUUUUGUUGUUUUAUUUUUCUGAAAUAAAAUAAAAAUCACUUGGGACACGCCGACUUGGGUAUUAACCAUUAAACGUUUUUUUUUACUAUUUAAAUUCUGAAUUUUGAUUUCUGUAAAAUUGUGAAACAUUUCAGCAUACUAUUUUCAGUAUAUUAUCUAGUAUCUACUAAUGUAGCAAGUAUAGACGCGGGGAAAACAACAAUUCAGGUAGUGUUAGGUUUUUAAAAAUUGUUUUUUUUUUAUCCACACUCGAUUUACACGGUCGAAAUGGAAAAAGACUCGUUUGUUCCGAUGACACCGCCAAACAGUUUUGUCAAAGAACUUCGUGUUGUUUUGGAUCAACAAAAUAUCUUGACGGCAAAAACUAAACAAAAAGUCUUGCGAGACUUAGAUAACCAUAUUUGCGAUGAUAAUGAGAAACGUAUAGCCAAACUGAGAACUAGAGCUAUUCAGGAAAUAUGUGUGUCCGAAUCGAGCUACAUUCAUCAGUUGGAUAAACUAAUCGCUUUUUUCAAAAGACCUAUGGAAGAACAAAAAUUAGCAUCAAAUCAAAUUUUAAGUAAAUUGUUCGGUAACGUUGAAACCAUUUUGAAUGUCAACAAAGAGCUAUUAGUUCAGUUGCAUCCUGCAAAGGAAAACGUUGGUGAGGUGUUUUUAAGUACAGCUCCGUUUCUUAAACUUUAUUCUGUUUAUGCAUUUAACUACAAAAAUGUUAUAGAAACCCUUCAAGAAUUGCCAAAAUCGCAUCCAAAACUGCAUCGUUUUAUAUGUGCCCAAGAAACAAGACCCGAUGUUUCAGCCAAAUUAAAUUCGUUAUUAAUAACUCCAAUUCAGAGAAUUCCUCGUUAUUUGUUACUUUUGCGUGAACUAUUGAAUUAUACUCCAGAAGAUCACAAAAGUUAUAAUGAGAUUAAAGCUGCUCUUGAUCAAAUAAGUAAAGUAGCCGAUCACAUAAACAACUUGGUUCAAGAACAAGAAAAUAUGUCACGCCUAGUGAGCAUUCAACGAAGUCUGUCGGGAUGUGGAAAAGUAAACAUAGUGCUUCCGGGGCGUAAACUUAUUAAGGAAGGUCCUCUAAUGAAAGUUUCACCAGACGGGAGUACGUCGAUGCCUCGUUAUUUGAUACUACUUAGCGACAUGGUAUUAUAUUGUAAAGAAUGGGUAGACCCGGAAAAAUUAAACUGUCUUCGAGUGUUACCUCUGAACAAUUGCGUGGCCAAGUCUAUAAUGUAUAAAAGAGGAUUAUUUUCGAUUAGUUGCCAAUCGAUAGAAUUGGUAUUUUACACAAUGGAUGCUCCUCACUCGACAUGUUCUUGGGUAGAAAUGUUGCAGCAAGCUAUUGAUAAUUGCAAAGCCAACUCUUUAAUGCCAGUAAAGAGAUGUGGACCUUUGAAAUUAGUCAAAAGAAAAAAAGAAAUUGCGGAAAUCACCAAAACUGAUGAAAAUUGUUAUUCGAGUCCGUCGAAAAAAGUCAAAUCAACUAAUAGUAUUAAGGAUACAACAGUCGCAAGAACUAAUCACAAUGUGUCGUACAUGGCUUCGGCGAGGAAUCUAGUAUUCAGUUUUGGAUCAACUUUAAAAAAGUUAGUCGGAAGGAACUCUGUUUAAAGACAACUUAAUCAAAAUGUUUUAAAUGUCUGAUUUUUAUAAUAUGUAAUAAUGUAUUAAUUUGUUUUCCAUCCAUCCGAGAUCUCAUUUGAUUUAUUCAUCUCUUAGUUUAUCUACGUUCUAACAAUUGAAUUAUACUUGAUUGUGGUUUUGUUUCCUAAACUUAAAACUUAACUGUAUGCAUAUUCAAUUACUUUUAUUAUCACUUUUAUGUUUGUAUACAAG